CUUUCCAGCCAGUGGUCAAGUCAAGAUUUUAGCACAAACAAGUUGAAGACAAGGCUGCAAAAGAACGAUGAAGAUUAUUUUACCUUUACUCUCCCUGAUAGUCACAAGUAGUCAGCUAACAAUGAACAAGUGUGGAACAGAGGGAAGAUUACCACGGAGCAGUGACAUCACAGUGCAGUGCGGUACUUCGGCCAUUGGGCUUGCAAUCGAAAUCUGCCCAAUUAUCUACUCUGGCUACAAUGAGACUCUCCUGAUCCUGAACCAGAUGUGGGACCCGUUCUGUCGAGCCACCCUUGAUGAAUCUGUGACUCCACCAGUUGCUCGUUUUAACUUUUCACUAAAUAUGACUCAUGCCUGUGGAAGCACAUUCAGGACCACUAGUGCUCCUGGGACAGGUAUAUUUGCUGACUUUUCCAGCAUUGAGACACUCAACGUCAGUGGUGUUGUUUGGUCCGUCGAUCCCAGCAUAGGAAAAAUUUCCUACAAAGCUGAGUUGAUGUACUAUUAUUCCUGUGCCUACCCCUUAGAAUAUCUGAUCAACAACACCCAGAUCAGUGUGCCAGCCUCCACCAUCACAGUCAAGGAUAACAAUGGGACUUUCAUUAGCACAUUGAGCAUGGGGCUGUUCAGUGAUGCCAGCUACACCAAACCACUGGUAAUACCACAGUGGGGAAUUGAACUGAGGACCAAUGUGUAUGUUGAGGUGAAGGCCACCAACCUGACAAUGCAGUAUAACGUCCUGUUAGACCGGUGCUAUGCCUCCAUUUCCCCCUUGCUGUCCAACUCCAGCAACUUCAACCUGUUUGUCUCCUGCUCCAAGGAUCAGUUCACAACCAUGAUUGAGAAUGGAGAAAGCCAAAGAGCCCGCUUUAAGUUCCCAGCCUUCCGCUUCAUCGAACAGCAGAAAGAGCCUGUGUCCUCCUACUACCUUCACUGCAUCACUCGUCUAUGUGAAAGGAGCACCUGCAGCACCUUCAAGCAGUGCACAAAAAGAAGGAAGAGGAGCACCCCUGAUGCUUCUGACGUGGGCAUAACCAAGGCUUACACCAUCAUCUCUCCAAAGAUCAUCACCAAAGCCGACAAUGCUGAGUCCAAAGAGCAGCUUCUUGUUGCCGACAAAGAUAAUUCUGUUGUUGGGCUUGGUGUGGCUGUUGGCGUCCUUGCCUUUGCCUGCUUAGUUGCCCUUAUUCUUGCUGUCUUGCUUUGUAAAAGGCGCAGAAGAUGUUAGGUAACCAACCGGCUGAAACAGUAGAGAAAAUAGUGUUUCAGAAAUUACGAUACCUGUAAAAUGUUAAAUUUGUGCGAUCUUUUGAAAGUAAACUCAGAGCACUCUUAAAAGUAUGGUGUCUUUCACAAAGCAACUUGUCAGCUUUCUCUCAUUGACUACCCAUUAUGACAAUGUUGAUAUUGUUUUAUGACACUGACUGUAAAACCCAGCAUUGACUUUGUAAUCGAUUUCUUUGUGUUUACAUUGGUGUAUCAGAUAAAACAGGGUCAUGCUUUUUAGGAAUUAGUCUUACUCAUGCAUGUCUGUACAUGAAAUUAUCAGUGAGCCUAUAGGAGAGGAUUGUCAGUCCAAGAUACAUAAAUACAAAGAAAAAAAGGCACCAUGGCAUUAUAUCCUGUAA